CACGUACGGACCUCAGUACCGUUGCUUCCUGUCCUCGAGACUAGAUUGCACUAGUACGAGUACACAACAAUUCAGUGGAAAAUUAGUGAAUAAUUAUGCACUUACGAUCUUCUGUAAAUGUUAACUCUCAAAAGUACACACGUUUCGUAUUCCAUUAAUAGUGUUCUUCAGCAUGUCAAUAAAAUUUAUAAAAUCGUAAACGACGCGACAUUGAAGUCCUGCGAUUCGUGCGCACUCAGCCGGUAAUAUUGAGAACAAAGUGUAACAGUCUUUCAAGGAGAUCUGGACGUCAGUGGACUCUUUUAUCAUGGCUGAGAGUUGUAAACAAUAAUAUUUAGACGAAUGUCAUUUGCUAUUGUUGAUUUAUCAUUUUAAAUUUUUUGUGUGUGGUUAAAAAAUAUUUAUGGUUAAAAGAAAGGCAAGCUUCGAACUACUAACUUGAGACAACUGUCACAAGUUGAUAACAUGGCUGAGAGGGGAAGCUGGUGGGAUUCUUGGUACAAAGCUGCUAAAGACAAGUCAGUAGAAGUUUUGGAAUUUGUUAAAAGAGAUUUGGAUGAAUUUUCAACCGCCGUUAAGAGUGAAGCUAGUAAUGUUGUCACUACAACAACCAGUGCAUUGAAAGAUAAAUUGAAGCUGGAUGAACCUGAAUCUACAGCUAACUCUGUUAAACGAAGUGUGUCCUCAUUCCUUGGACAAGUUAGUAAUGCAUUAAGCCCUCCUCCACAAGAUGAAGAUGAAGAAGCGAUUAUGAUAUUUAAUUCUCAACCCGUGCCAUUAACUCCAUUUCAGAAAAAACUUCAUGCCCUCAUUAUUGAUCCUGACACCUUCCUUGUAGCACCUAGUGAAGCUGAUUUACCACAAUACAAAGCCUGGCUGGAAGUUACUCAAGAAGUUCUGAACAAUGAACAGCGUCUUGCGCGAAUGUUGGCAGCAAAUCCUGAUUUACAUUGUCAGUACACAAGAUUGGUGCCCGAAAAGGUUUCUGCAUCUCAGUUUUGGGAGCAUUACCUAUUUAAAAAGGCCUUGCUUGAAGAUGAUGAAGCUCGAAGAGAAGCAAUGGAGAGGCGAGCAGAAAGAGAACGACAAGCAGCUGAAAAUUUCUGCUGGGAACAAGAAGACUUCGGGACCCACAUUGAGUUGUCUGAAGAAGAACAAACCAGGUUAUUACAAGAGUAUGAAAAAGAAUGUGAAAAUAAAAAGUUGCGGCGGAACACUUCCCAAGAAGAGAAUUUAGUUGUAGAAGACAACCAUUAUUCAGAAAAUGUAAAUGAAACUCCAGUAGACACUCCAGUAAAAAAAAGUUCCUCAGUUAUUCAAAAGGAUAAAGAACAAUCAGAAGAUACAGAUGACCUAAGUGUUGGCGAAAGGAAAGACUUAGUUAUUGUUUCUCCUGAUGGAAAUAGCUGUCACACAACUUCAUCAUGCUCUGGUGAUAAAGAAAGCAAUGAUGGAGACUGGGAAAGAGAAUUUGACCUUGAUGAUCCAGAAUUGGAAAAUCAAGCAGUUGUCACAUCUGAGCAGGGCAAGGUGUAGAGACACAGUAUCUUUGUAAGGAUUUUUUUUUCCCUACACAGUAAAAUAUUUUUAUCUUUAUUAUUUGCACAAAUUUUAAUGUCCCUCAAGUAUGAGAUGUUUCUAUCAUGUUUACUUGGUGUGCUCACACUGAUUUUGUUUUCGUGUUUUCUAUUCAGUCCUAUAAGAUAUGUAUCAUGAAAGUUAAGUUAGCUAGAAAUUACUGUGUGGGGUAAAUGAACUUUUUAUUGCCUUUGAACAAACAAAACAAAAGAAAAAAAAAUGGACUGAUAUGGAAACUUGACACACUUGCCUUUCUUACCUUAUAGCAAAGGUGAAUUGUCACAUUUACUACUAGAGAAACUGGUUUGCAUGUAUGUAAAUUUUAAAUGACAGUCUGCUGUUAGGCAACUUUUAAUUUUUUAUUUUUUGAUGAAAGAAUGAAUGAUAUGAGUGCCAAUAUUUCUGGCAAAUGUGCUGAUGUCAGUUUCCAUAUCAGCCUUGUUUGUUGCCUACAAGAUGUUUAACACAUUGUAACAAAAAUGUAAAAUAUCUGUCAGUUGUUUGAUGUAAUAGAGUUUUCUUAAAUUUGUUGUUGUUAUUUAUGUAAUUUUUAUUUUUUGGAAGAAAUGUGAAAUGGGGUAAAUCCUAACCUAGUGCCAAUAUUAGCAAGGGAUUGCUAUCUUUGCAAUUAAUUAGUAUAUGAAUCUCCAGUGAACAGAUAACCUGUUCCCACUGCAUUGUUUAAAGGAGUAUCCUAAUAAAUGUUGGGGAAUAUUGUUGUAUUAGGUAUUACAAAAAUAUUUUCAUUCUGCUUUUUAGGCAGUUUGCUUGCAUGGCAGUCCUGCUUGAAGAAAUUGAAGUACAGAGCAGAUUUUUUCUUAGAAAAUAGUGUUGUAUUAUCAAUUCUGUUUCUGGGAUUAUAAAUAAUAUUUUUGUUUCAGUCCCUUGCCUGUUUUUCCUGCACACUGAACACUACACCAAAACAUACUUGACUUCAAGUGCUUGAUAACACACACUAUUCUAAAACAUAUAGAAUUGUUUCAUGCCAGAACCCACAAGAAAGAGAUCACAAUAUCAUGUGAAAAAGAGAUUAUCUUGGCAAGAUGUUUAUUUGUUUUGUUUAAAUUAUUCGUGCAAUGUUAUGUACUUCAGUUUCAUUCAGAUGGGCCACAUUCUUCCAAAAUUGUUGUGUAGUUGCUCUCAUGCAGAAUUAUAAUUACAUUACACAAGUGUACUGUAGUUCUGCGAUUUGAGUUUGCUAUUUCAUAUAAUCAUCUUAAGAUUUGAGUCAUGAGAUGAAUGUAGAUAGUGUGAUUGUUUUGUAAAUUCUUCCUCUCUUCUAAAUUUAUCAAAUCUAUUUCUCAAUUUCAUCUUCUGCAAUUUUAUGCAUGGUUAUGGUACUAUGUGGCUUUUCAGUGGUUUAUUAUAUAUACAUAACAUAACUUGUACAAAUUGAAGAUUUCGUGAGAUAAUGUGCAAGACUUUUGAGAAAAUGAUGUUUUGCUUGCAAAAAUUUACACAAUGUUUUGCUAUUGGUAGAAUGAUUGCAUCCUACCUUUAAAUGUGGAAAAUCUCUUUCUCAUGUUUUGCUUUAUCUUGGUGACCAGUUAAAAAUUUAAAUAAGCUGAGAAAAUUUGUUAUGCUGCUCAUAAUUAAUAUAUUUCUGUAACAUUCCAUUGUCUGGAUUGCAAAAAAUCUAUCUUUCUGUUAUUUAAGUUUCUUGUAUAUAAAGCCUGGGGAAAGAUUUAUAGUAGAAAUAGGCAGUAAUUUUGAUAUGCAGUAUAUACAGAUUAUAAUAUUGGCAUAGGUAAUACUUAUGACUUACAUUGCUCAUUGUAAAUAUAACAAUUUCUUGGGAGUAUAUUGCAGAAAUAUUUGUCUCCCAAAUAAAUAAAAAAGUAGGCACUUCUAGUCUUGCAUAAGCAAAAUAAUAACAUGAUAUGCUCAGAGCAAGUCUGUUAUAUAUACAUACGAUAUUUGUAUACUGGUUGAUCAGUAAAUAAAAGUGGUAUGAGUUUAUUAAAAA